CCUUCUGGACACUGAGAACCCAGCCCCCAGACUCCUGAAGCGUCCCUUCUUUCCAUCCAAUGGCAUGAGUAGUAAGAGGGCUGAGGCUUCAGAGACCUCAGGGACUUCUUUCAGUACUCGCAGAAACCUCCUACAUGCUGGUGAUGGCACAAAGGGACUGUUUUCUUGCCCUUAGUCUGAAUGACUACCAAGAAGGAAGGCAAAGGUAGAGCAGUCGGAUCUCUGGCUCCCCCCGUAGCUUCUAACCUCAGACUUUAUUUUUAAACGCCUUUCUGAGCCCAAGGUCAAAGCUCACUGGAACAAAUGAUUUUGAGUCAUGAAUGAAAAAUCUUGCUCUUUCCAUAAUGAAAAAGAAUUAAGAGACGGACAGGUUGAAAGCGUGUGUGCUGGGUGCUCUCCACCAUAUGACGCAGACAACAGUGCUCCUCUGGCUUUCAGAGGACUUCCUAUCUCAGAGUUGAAGAACCACAGCAUCCUCCGGGCCCUGACAGCGGAAGCUGAUGGAUGGGAGCCAGGCGUUGUGAGUGCAGAGGUGCUCAGAGCCCAAGAAGAAUGGGAAGCUGUGGACAACAUCCAGCCAGAGACAGGGAGCCAGGCCAGCUCAGACCAGCCCGGGCAGCUAAUCUCCUUCAGUGAGGCCCUGCAGCAUUUCCAGACCGUGGACCUCUCCUCCUUCAAGAAAAGAAUCCAGCCAACUAUUCGAAGGACUGGGCUUGCUGCCCUCCGGCACUGCCUCUUCGGGCCUCCAAAGCUCCACCAGGGCCUCCGUGAAGAGAGGGACUUGGUCCUGACCAUUGCUCAGUGUGGCCUGGAUAGCCAAGACCCAGUGCAUGGCAGAGUCCUCCAGACCAUCUACAAGAAGCUGACCGGCUCCAGGUUUGACUGUGCCCUCCACGGAGACCACUGGGAAGAUCUGGGCUUUCAGGGAGCAAAUCCAGCCACAGAUCUGAGGGGAGCAGGCUUCCUUGCCCUCCUCCAUCUGCUGUACCUGGUGAUGGACUCAAAGACCUUGCUGAUGGCCCAGGAGAUUUUCCGCCUGUCUCGUCACCAUAUCCAGCAAUUCCCCUUCUGCUUGAUGUCCAUCAACAUCACCCGCAUCGCAAUCCAGGCCUUAAGGGAGGAGUGUCUCUCCAGGGAGUGUAAUCGGCAGCAGAAGGUGAUCCCAGUGGUGAACAGCUUCUACGCCGCCACUUUCCUUCGCCUCGCGCACAUCUGGAGGACGCAGCAGAAGACCAUCUCGGACUCAGGCUUUGUCCUCAAAGACUUGGAAGUGUUGGCCAAGAAAAGCCCGAGGCGGCUGCUCAAGACCCUGGAGAUCUACUUGGCCAGAGUGUCAAAGGGACAGGCCUCCUUCUUGGGAGCACAGAAGUGCUCUGGGCCACAAGCCCCUCACUCCAAGGAUCUCACUUUCACAGGCGUGUGUGACCUGCUCCCACACUCAUCUGAAGGCACAUGGCUGAUCUGACCAAGCCCAGAGGCUGCUGGAUAGAGGGACUUAAAGGCUGGGCCCCAGGGUCUUCUGGAGGGCGCAUGGCAAACCACGGCAGGCGCACCCUGGCUGGGCCAAGCCCCUUCCCAUCUUAGCAGAAGGGAGGUAGGAAGCUCCUGGGCCUGGCUGGGGAGCCAAGGACCCUCACCCAUGUGAAACAUUGGGGCAGUUAGACUUGACCCGCGCUCCACAGAGCUGCCUUCAGAGCAAGGAGAACUUUGCCGUAACCUUAGCUGGGCUACAGUUUGCAGAGCUGGGUUCCAUGGAAUCUCACUGAGAGUGAAUGGGGCCUGAGGUGGGAGAGCCCCAUCUGGAUGGUCCACAUUUCCCUACAUUGAAGGAUAUUCCCCGUAGAGGCGUCAGGAUUCAGACUCCCUGGGCAGCAAGGCUUUCGGGCCCUGAGGGUCCCUAGGACAGGAACUGUGUAGUUAGAAUUUGAAGGGAGAGGGAAGCAGUGGCAGCAGCCAACAGGGGGCAGCAUGACCCAGAGCAAGCUGCCCAAGACCUCAGCUGGGCUACCCUUCCUCUCCUCCACCAGGCCAGUAUCAGGGGUUUCUGGCCUUGCACUGUCCCACUCUCUUCUCUCCCCAUCCCUCCUCCUCGCUGUUAAUGAUACAGAACCGGGCACUCGGCUAGGUGUCUCCAUUGCUGCCCAUCCUAACCGCCCAGCAGCUGGGCUUCCACCAUGGAGGCUGUUCAGGUCCCAUCAGGGAUGGUUUUCUAGCCUGGUUGAGGGAAGGAGGAAAGUCACACACCAGCAGUUUUUGAAUAAAAGAAUUGUUCCGGGUUAA